AUGGCAACUCUCAAGCCACCUACAAACACACACCGCUCCUCCAGCUCCGGCCCGCCCAAAGCGCCCGUGAAAGCCGACUCAACAGCAACAAUCGCAGACAAUGUCGUCUUCCAAGGUCCAUACCCCGUGACCAUCGGCGCAGGAACGGUCAUACACCCGCGCGCGAAAUUCUACACCUACGAAGGUCCGAUCAUAGUCGGAGAUGGAUGCAUAAUAUCCGAGAAAGCCGUGAUCGGCUCACAACCACCACCAUCCAGCCGAUCAUCCUCACCACUGCCGGCCCGAGACGGGGAACCAACACCCAAAGAAUCCACAACCCGUAUUUCAUACUUCGUCACCAUUGGUCCCUCAAGUACCAUUGAGCCAGGCGUGCAUAUUCACUCCUCUGCAACGAUCGAGGCACUGGCGACCAUCAGGCGCGGGGUGGACAUCGGGUCUCAUGCGAAAGUGUGCUCGUCCUGUGAGAUUACGGGGAGAGUGCAGGAAUGGUUUGUUGUUUGGGGGAGUGGACCUGGCAUGCGGAGGAAGAGGACACGCGGUGCAAAGCCAUUGAGCCCGGCUGUUCUUGAUGCGGCGAGGAUCGCACAGACGCCUCUCCCGGCGCCGGCGCCGGCGGGCAAGGUGAUUGAAGAUGCUAGGUUGAUGGUUUUGCAGAAGGAGAGGGAAAUACUUGGGAGGAUGCUUGUUUCUGUCAAGAAGAAGUGA